AUGGAUGAACAGAGUCGUAACUUCCUUGUGGCACUCUCCAAAACGAGUACUCAGCGUGAUGAUGAGGAUGUUAAUAUAAUCUAUUAUAAUAUACGACGUUUGGGAAUAUUCGAGAAUUUAAACGAUGCACCGUUGCGAGCAAUAUGCCGUACUGCACGUUACGAACAUCAUCCAGCCAACUUCAUUUUGUUCAGGCAAGGACAGGUUGCGACGUGUUGGUUUAUUCUUUUAUCCGGUUCGGUCUUCAUCGAUAACCAAAUGUUUUUGCCGUAUUCAUGGUGA